AUGCUGUCCGUGCGGGAGGCGGGCGUGAACGACCUGCUGCAGAUGCAGCAGACGAACCUCUGGUGCCUGCCGGAGAACUACAACCUCAAGUACUACUUCUACCACCUCCUGUCCUGGCCCCAGCUCCUCUACGUCGCCGAGGACCACAAGGGCAAGGCCGUGGGCUACGUCCUCGCGAAGAUGGAGGAGGACGACGUGCCGCCCCACGGCCACAUCACGUCGCUGUCCGUGCUCCGGACGCACCGCAAGUGCGGCCUCGCGACGAAGCUCAUGCGGAGCAGCCACGAGCGCAUGGUCGAGACGUUCGACGCGGCGCACGUCGCGCUCCACGUGCGCCGGUCGAACCGCGCGGCCUUCCACCUCUACAGCCAGACGCUCAACUACACGAUCCGCGACGUCGAGAAGGGCUACUACGCCGACGGCGAGGACGCGUACGACAUGCGCAAGACCUUCGCCGAGGGCAAGGCGGGCGUCAAGGAGGCGCUGGGCGCCGAGGGCGCGGCGCCGGCCGGGGCGUCGGAGGCGCCGACGGCGCCGCCGUCGCCCAAGGACGUCGGCCUCCCGCCGCCGCCCGCCGCGCCCGCCGACGCCGGCGGCGCCGCGGCGAACCCGCCCGAGCCGCCCGCCUGA